GACUCAAGCACUGAUUAUGCCAUAUUAUCUCAUCGCUGGGGGUCGGAGGUCACUUAUGGUGAGAUCAUCAAACUGUCGACUAUGGCGAAAGAGAAGCGGGAUGAAGUCAGGAGUCGCGAAGGCUAUCACAAGAUUCUCAGGAGCUGUGAGCAGGCUGUGGAACACGGGCUUGACUGGCUGUGGGUCGACACGUGCUGCAUCGACAAGCGCAGCAGUUCCGAGCUGUCGGAGGCGAUCAAUUCGAUGUACCGGUGGUACGGAAACUCGACGAGGUGCUACGUUUAUCUCAAAGACGUCGAUAAACCAACCUUCCCCAGGGAUCAAGACAGCACAAAAUAUGUUAAUUCUGGUGGCUGGCCAGAGUGGUUCUCACGUGGUUGGACACUUCAGGAGUUGAUAGCCGCAAGGGAUGUUCAAUUCUUCAACAAGCGCUGGGAAUCCGUGGGCAACAAGAGGACGUUGGCGUCUACUCUGGGGUUAAUUACACGAAUCCCAGGAGAAGUGUUGAAGGGAGACAUAUCCACGACCGAGGUCUGCGGGGCGCAAAUCAUGUCUUGGGCUGCUGAUCGGAAGACAACGCGAGUUGAGGAUCGGGCAUAUUCCUUACUGGGGUUAUUUGGCGUGAAUAUGCCGAUGUUGUAUGGAGAGGGAAGGAAAGCGUUUCAGCGCCUGCAGUUAGAAAUCCUCCGGGUAUCCAAUGACCACAGCAUCUUUGCAUGGGAUCUUCAAGGAAAGAUUCGGCGGUUUGGAAGUGUCCUAGCAGACGAUCCAAGCUACUUUCGGGAUUGCCAUGAUGUCAGGAUACUGAAACCAGAUCAGUUUAUCAAGCACCUCAAGGAAGAUCUUCGGGGUAAUCUGGGACCGGCACAUUUCUUGCCUGCACAACUGGGCAAGUUCGCUCAGUUGACGUUGCGUGGUCAUGCUUGUGCCGACAAGCUUCGCAAGCUCUCUGUCACCAAUCGGGGUGUGGAAAUGUGCCUGCCGCUCACUCCCUACCACGUCUCUCCACCCGUUUAUAGGGCUGUGUUGGCAUGCACGCAAAGUCACGCAAACUUAUUAGUGACCAUCGACCUGGUUCACCACGAGUCUAGCUAUUACAGAUGCAUUGGUGCAACAGGUGGCCGCCUCCCGCAGGCGAUUCCAGCGUUCCGGCAACUCUACCUUGCAUAUCGUCAGGACCAGACGUGCUGCAAUGUCACGCUUUACGAAGGGGUUAUCUCUUAUCAUGGUUUUACUCGCUGUGGUGCUUUCCCCCUUGACAUUACUGGCAAUUCCAUCGCGUUAUCGUCCCUUGCCAAUAGUCUCACUGUCUUGGUCUACGCCAAUGACAAGGCAAAGGCUCGUUUCGCGGUUGGGCUUGGGUACCACCACAUUCACCAACAAUGGGUGCAUGUCGUUUGCGAUGAACCGGGAGAUGGUUGGUCUCCAUGGGCGGAUUAUGCCAAGAGAGCGUAUGAACGACUGCGGAAUGCGUAUACUGGCAUAACUGGCGACUCCAAGGAACGAUACAAGCCCGGUUACUAUGUCAACCAUGCCCACCUGCCGCGCUCGAUUUGGGCUGCAAAGGUUGUUUGGGGACAAUCGAGAGUGGGCAAUGCCACGGUCACAGUUGACGUCGACCAAUGCACUGGCUGUUGUUAUGGUCCCCUCGAAUGGAGGGUUACUGCUGAUGACCGAGACGGGCUUCCUAUACCCGGUCUCAUGAAGAUGGAUAUUGCCUACAAGCGUGGACACUGGUUACUCGUUGACGGGAUUCACAUAAAGCUUCUGGAGUGUACGACCCAGAUGAUUGCGCUUGGUGAUUAUGGCGAUUGGGAUCGGAAGGACGAAACUUUCAAAUGUAAUGGUAACAUCUUUGAAGAGCUCAGAACACUGUCAGGAGUUCUCGCCGUCAAGCCAAAUGAUCCUGCUUGUCGCCCAGUUAAGCGGAUUGUUUCUAGCGCCGUUAAGCGGGAUGACGGCGUAGAAACGGUUGUCGACCCGAAGACUUUCCCUCCGCUGGUCUUACGUGGACCGGUUGGCUGGUUACUUCCGAACAGUCGACAUCUCAUUUUACUGCUGAAAGCCUUAUCUGCUCGCCUUACAGACAAAUAUCUAGUGACAGCGGUUGUGCAGUGUUCGGCGUACAGAGCGUUUGGUUCCAGCAGUGAAUGGGUCGAGAAGGCUGGGUCUGGUGUCAACGAACACUCAAAGGACCGUGAGUUUCUUUGCGCUUUGUGAUGGUUGACUAUUUUCAACUGUCUAGGUUAGACUCUGUGUCAACCGGCCCACAUAACAUUACUGCUUUGUGCAGUAUUUCCCAGCCACAGGUGUGGUGUCGAGACGAAACCGAUAAAGAGAGAAGGAAACA